CAGUGAAUAGCUCUUUUGCUGAGCUGAACAACUUGUCAUGUGCAGCAACACAAUAAUACCGUUUCGUCAUUUUGGAGCGCCCUGAAAUACUUGGCGCCAAACUGGAGGGGAAAGAGUAGGUAGAUGGAAUCUGGCAGCGAAAAAUAACAAAACAAUACAUUUUUACAAAGUAUGGACAUUCGGAAAUUCUUUGUGGUUCAGCAGCAAAAAAAAUCUGCAACCGAGCCAGCAAAGAAUGGUAAAGCCAAACGUGAAUAUGAUAGCAAGAAGAAGUCUGAGUUGCCCAAGGUGAAGAGUCUGAACAGUGAUGAUGGUUCUGCAAAGAAAAUGAAGCAACAAGCAAACAAAAAGAAACACAUUAUCAUUGACUCAGAUUUUGAAGAAGAAGUGCCAGUACAGAAGCACAGGAAACCCUCCAAGGAAUCCCCCAAGGAAUCCAAGUCUUUAUCCAAACCUGCACGCCCUCCCAAAAAAGACCCUGUUGUAUAUGUUUCAGAAACAGAUGAAGAAGAUAACUUUGAAUCCUUAAAACAGCCCCCGAAACGCAAAGAGAAUGGCCUGUCUGCUUCCAGUCGUUCAGGCAGCACUGGAAGAGCAGCCGAAGUGAAACCCCCUGCUAAACCAGCUCCUCCUAAAGCAGUGACUCCAGUGAAAUGCACUCCUACAUCAGUGUUUGAUUACUUUGGAGACAGCAGUGUGCAGAGGUCACAUAAAAAGCUAGUGGCUACGACAAAGAGAAAAGCACCCACAGGAUGCACUGAUGACUCCACUAAUGAAGAUGAGGCUAUUGCCCGCCAGCUUCAGAUGGAUGAGGAUGCAGAGCUGGAGAGACAGCUUCGUGAAGAUGAGGAUUUUGCAAGGACACUGGCGAUUCUAGAUGAGCCCCCACAAUCCAAAAAGGCAAGAAAGGACUCUGAGGAUCAGCAGCCAUCUGCAUCUCUGCCUGUUAAGAGUCCAGUCAAACCAGACAGAGGCACUAUCAAACAAGAAGCCAAAGAGUCAGAUGUUGGUUCAAAGGACCCCCCUCCCAAGAAACCCUCACCCAUCAAAGCCAGCUCCAAGUUGGUGCUUAUAAAACAGAAAGAAGAAACAUCGAAAAAGGAAGUGGUAAAGAAAACAUCAGUGAAAGAGAAGACAAUUUCACCCAAAAAAGAAGAGAUGGUCACCCCCAAAACAGAGAAAAUUUCUCCCAAAAAAUCAGAGUCUAAAAGUCCUGAAGACUCAGAAAAAAAGCGACAGUACUUGCAGACCUAUCGCAGCUACUUGAACAGAGAUGGUCCAAGAGCACUUGGAUCAAAAGAAGUACCCAAAGGUGCAGACAAUUGCCUGGAAGGGCUGACGUUUGUGCUGACGGGGGUCCUGGAGUCCAUGGAACGAGAUGAUGCCAAGUCCCUCAUCGAGCGAUAUGGUGGGAAAGUGACCGGAAACAUCAGCAAGAAGACAAACUAUUUGGUGCUGGGCAGAGACAGCGGUGUGUCCAAAACAGAAAAAGCAGAAAGUUUGGGGACCAACAUUCUUGAUGAAGAUGGCCUGCUGGAUCUGAUUCGCAAACAGCCUGGCAAGAGAUCCAAGUAUGAGAUAGCUGCUCAAGCUGAGAAUACACCAGAAAAGACCACCCCCCCAAAGCGAGCAGAGUCUGCAAAGAGAAAGACUCCCACCCCUCCGAAGAAAGGCCUGUCCUUCGAACAGAAAUCACUGGAGAAGGUGGAGCCUCCGGCCCCGAGUGAAAACAAAGAGGAGAGCCUGCUCUGGGUGGACAGGUACAAGCCCACCUCCUUGAAGAACAUCAUCGGACAGCAGGGAGACCAGAGCUGUGCCAACAAGCUCCUACGCUGGCUCCGCAACUGGCACCACAACACUGCCGGUGACAAGAAGCCUGCAGCAAAAUUCAGUAAAUUCGGUGGAAAAGACGAUGGCUCCACCUUCAAGGCGGCGUUGUUGUCGGGUCCUCCUGGUGUGGGUAAAACGACCACUGCAGCGCUGGUCUGUGAGGAGCUGGGAUUCAGCUACGUGGAGCAAAACGCCAGCUGCACCCGCAGUAAGAACAGCCUGAAGGUGGUGAUUGCUGAGUCACUGAAUAACACCAGCAUCAAGAACUUCUAUUCAGGCACCUCUCACACAGUGAGUAACAAACAUGUGCUGAUCAUGGAUGAGGUGGAUGGAAUGGCAGGCAAUGAAGACAGAGGUGGAAUCCAGGAACUGAUCGGUCUUAUUAGAAACACAAAGAUCCCUAUUAUCUGUAUGUGUAAUGAUCGGAAUCACCAAAAGAUCAGAUCUUUGGUCAACUACUGUUUUGAUCUGCGUUUCCAGAGGCCACGAGUGGAGCAGAUUAAGGGUGCCAUGAUGUCUGUUGCUUUCAAAGAAGGUUUAAAGGUCCCACCCCCGGCUCUAAAUGAAAUCAUAUUGGCUGCUAACCAGGACAUCAGACAGGUACUUCACAAUCUCAGUAUGUGGUCUGCCCGGGAUAAAGUGCUUACUUAUGACCAGGCCAAAAGCGAUGCCAGUAAGGCCAGAAAGGAUGUUAAGAUGGGCCCCUUUGACGUGUGCCGAAAGGUGUUUGCUGCUGGUGAUGAAACUGCUCACAUGUCCCUGAUAGACAAAUCAGAUCUCUUCUUCCAUGACUACUCUCUGGCACCUCUCUUUGUCCAAGAAAACUAUGUCCAUGUGAGGCCGGCUGCAGCGGGCGGCAAUGUAAAAAAACACCUGAUGCUCUUGAGUAGAACUGCUGACAGUAUUUGUGAUGGAGAUCUAGUGGACAGGCAGAUUCGCUCCAGACAGACCUGGACAUUGUUACCUACACAGGCCAUUUACGCCAGCGUCCUCCCUGGAGAGCUGAUGAGAGGAUACAUGUCACAGUUCCCUACCUUCCCCAGCUGGUUAGGAAAGUUUUCAUCAACAGGCAAACAUGACCGCAUCAUUCAAGAACUUUCAAUGCACAUGUGUCUGAGGACACAUAUCAGUAAGCGGGCGGUGAACAUGGAGUACCUUCCAUUCUUGAGGGACUCUCUGGUGAGGCCGAUGGCAGAGCACGGGGCGGAAGGGGUGUCUGAGGCUGUUCAGCUCAUGGACGACUAUUGCCUCAUGAAGGAGGACGUGGACAACAUCAUGGACAUAAGCACCUGGGGGGGGCGCCCAGACCCCUUCUCCAAGCUAGACCCAAAGGUUAAGUCUGCCUUCACCCGUACCUACAACAAGGAGACACACUUAACCCCAUACUCGCUGCAGGCUGUAAAGAAGGCAAAACGUGGAGCAGGCUCGACCGUGGAUCUCGGAGAUGAAUUUGGCACAGAGGACACCCAACCAGAAGACAAGGAGUCUGAAGACACCAUUGAAACAGAUGCCAUGAUUAAGCAAAAGAAAGCAAAAUCUUCCAAGUCAACAAAACAUGAGAAAAACUGCGAUUCUGGCAAAGGGAAGGAGAAAGCAAAGAAAACUAAAUGAGAAGACUGUGUUGUUUUUUUUUAUAGCCUGCUUUUUGUAGCCAUGCUGUCUGGGGCUUAGGACAGAGCAGAGAUUGCAGAGGGGUACUUCCUUCCCUGGAUUUUUAUCUAGCUGCAGUGCCCUGAGCUUAUUAGGACUAUUCUCUUCUGCUGGUAUGGUGGAAGGAGAAUUGUACUACAAAUAAUGGCAAAUAAAAAAGCAGGACUUAUGCUAUUCUGAGGUUUGUACAUUAAUAGAAAUGUAGUAAUAUGUAAAGAAUUGCAGUAAAAUACAUUUCAUAUAAAAACAUGGGGUUUUGUGUAAAUCCUUUGGAUAUGAUGUGGAAGAUGCACACAAAUUGUUAUUUAACGCAAGUACACUGUUACUUAUUGUGUCUCCUGCAAUCACAGUUGUCUCUUUUAAUAAUUAAAAAAAAUAUAUCCAAAGUUACCAAUUCAUAGUAAAAACUU